CCUGUAUUGGUUUCGAGGUUGGCACAUCUUUACUCCCAGCAUCAUGGUGCUGCAGCCACAAUUGGACGUCGAUGAGUUCCCGCGGGAUAAAGCUGCUACGACGAGGGCAGCUGGAGGCGCCGUCACUACGUACGCCACGACCUUUCAACCACCCGACUGGAUUGUGUACCCGAGCGAAGCCAGUUCUGCCGUGCGUUUUGAUGUCAUGCGUGCGUCCAAGACAUGUGGCGUGUGCGAACUUGGCAAGAAACUCAUGAGCAUAUUUGGUCGGGAGCAAGAUGGCAGCGACUUUGUCUUGGCCAACCCGUCCGUGUCUCGGAAACAUGCCGCGAUCGUGCACUGCGCCAAAGGCGGAGUCUACAUCGUGGACCUCAUGUCCCGCCACGGCACGUUUGUGGGCAAGGCCAAGCUGCCGCCGCACGACCCGACGCUGCUGCACGAAGGCGACAUCGUCACAUUCGGCCAAAGCUGUCGGACGUACGUGUUGAAGGGUGUGGAUCCGUCGGGGUUGAGUCACGCACCCAAGCGUACGUGGCGGCGGCUAUCCCUCCCAUCAUUCUUCGGCAAGGAUGGGAACAAUGGUGGUGCCAAGAAGGCGGGUCCAUCGCCGCGUAAAAAGUGCUCGGACGUGACGGUGAAACUCGUCCAGAAGAUCUGCUCCGGGACGCUGACCGACGACCGCAUCAAGGACUUUGCCAACCACGUGUCGGAACUAGAUGGCGAACAUGUCGAGGAAGUGGCGUACUUGCUUGUGGACAAGGUGCGCGUAAACUCGAGUAACGCCCACCGUGUGGUGCUGGCCUUGCUGGCCGACAACCUCGGCUUGAACGAGUUUGAAGCCAACUUGAGCACGAUUGUCCAAGUGUCGCAAACCAAUCUCAAAGCCCGCAAGAUUCUGCAAGUGAUUGCAGAGGCGCGAUUGGACAGCGGACCCAAAUCCACAGUCGACAGCGACGACAGCGACGACGACGUCCAACCCGAUGACGGCGGGUACGCGCCGCCGGGUGCCCCGGACGAAUCACCGUACACGCCGCCAGUGAUUCCGUACGUCCCGCCUGCCAAGGCAUCGUCGGACGUUGGUCCGUCGUCGGCAGCCGACCAGCGCGAGCGCGUGCUCAGCGAUGAAGGCAAGCGGCUGUAUUUGUCGGCGAUUGGAGCGACAGAGUACGCAGGAGACGAAGAGAAGGAAGCCGCCGCCGCCGACGACGACCUAGAGGACGAGGCCGGCAGCCGCUCGGGGUUUAACUUUAUGACCGCGGCGCCACCAUCCGCCUUUGGGUUCCUCUCUGGCGGGGACGAGGACAAGGAGGACGACGAUGACGUGGCAGCCGCAGCGUUCGACGUGCCGCCGGGCUUCUUGACCGACCCAUCCAUGGACCCACAAGACUUUGAAAACUUGUGGCAAAGUGCCACUGCCUCGGAGGAGUGGGCGGUGGAUAUCUUGCCCUCGUUCGACACGGACUUUAUGGAGCAGUGCGUGGCGUACCUUGGGCAUGUCAACAUCCUCGCGAGCGGGGUCGUGGGGGGCGUGCACAAGUUUUACUACUACGCCGAGCAGGCUUCGAACGGCACGAUAUUUAUGGUGGAGAUUCAAGUGAUUGAAAGCGUUGGCGAGCUCUCAGCGACGUUCAAGUGGAUUGAGCUGGGGCUGCUGUAUGACGACGGCCACUUGUUAUUUAUCCAGUUGUUCAAGGACUGCUUGGCGCCGUGCUACGUACGAGACCAUCCUCGAACGGCGGCGUUGCUGCGUCGCGCCAGUGCCGUUGCUCCGACUCGUAACGAUGGCGAAGAUGAACCGAUAGUGGUGUCCUUUGAAGAGUCUUUGUUGGCGUAUCCAGAGCUCGACCCGGCCUCCUUUGAAGCGCUCUACUUGGCGGCUAUCCCCAUGUACGUACGCCUAUCGACUAGUUGCCUCAUUCACGUGUAGAUCCGAGCUCGAAGACCCGGAGGGGCGAGACUUAACGGGUACGGACAGCGUCAUUGCGCAGUUUCAGGCCAAGCGGUUGUUUUGCUUGGCGAGUGGGGCGAUGGAAUCUAUGGACAAGUUCUUUUUCUACGCUCAAUUGGUGCACGUCAAGUGGCUGUUUUUCGUGGAGCUAUCGAUUUCGAGGCCAGAUGGCGCGAUCACGGCGCUGUUGAAACUGCAUGCUCCCAACGCGUCGGAGCGCGACACGGACCAGAUCGCGCCGCUUUUCGUCGCUUUGGUCGAAGCUUUGCUGGCAGACUUGGAAUAGAAUCAAGUAGUUCGUUGUUGUUAGUUGUAAUAAUACUACCUACAUGUACAGACAUAGACACACUCUCGUUGUAUCAUCGGACCAGCGGCAGCGUGUCGUGAAUGAGGUCAUGCACGUUGUCGUGCGGC